CAAGAGUUCACUACCCAUUCCAAAGCAACUGUGCGCUUAUUAGGGAUACAGCCCAGCGUAAUUCAGUGAGACGUCUGAAGUGUUGAUUUUCACUCCCAGUUUGGAAUUUUAGAGUGAGUGAAUUCUUUUCUGGUCUAUCAGUCAUUCCCAACCAUGAUCGCUGAAAUCAUUGUCCUUUUAAUCCUUCUUGUGGCUGUUUAUGUCGCCUCCACACUUUGGCAACUCCGAUGUCUUCCCCCUGGUCCUUUUCCGCUACCGCUGCUUGGAAAUCUUCUUUCCAUCGAACAAAACAGGCCUUACGCAGAUUUAGCAAAGAUGGCUAAGAAGUAUGGGAAAUUGCUCCGAAUUCACAUGGGAACGAGAAAAGUUAUUGUAAUCAAUAGCUACGAACUCGCAAGAGAAGCCCUCAUCACAAAAUCAAAGGAUUUCGCCGGUCGACCAUGUCAUUUCUUCGGUAACAUUUUUGGUCGAGAUUGUACCGAUAUCGCGUUCCAAACCUUUAAUAAGAGAUGGAAAAUGCAACAUAAACUUGCAUUAACAGCUCUGCGACUGACCGAGGGAAAAGUUAACAUAGCUGACCACGCGGAAAAGUUAUGCAACAGAUUUUAUUCCUGUGAUGGAAUGCUAUUUGAUCCUUAUGAUAUGAUUUUCAAUUCUUUAGGCAAUUGCCUCUCGUCCCUAAUUUUUGGAAAAGAACACAAACUUGAUGAUUGCGAAGUAAAAAAGCUUGUGCACGCCACCCAUGUUUUUCGGGAUUCACUUGGCGCAGCUAAUUUGCUCGACACUUUCCCAAUUUUGAAGUACAUUCCUUUUGACAUCAUCAAGAAAGCAAAGUGCGCUGGUAAAAUCCGCGAUGAAAUUUUUGAAAGGAAGUUUGGGGAACAUGUUUCGACCUUUCAGAAGGAAAAUAUCCGUGAUUUGAUCGAUGCCUUACUGAAGGGUUUCCACGAAUUGACUGACGAGGGUUUGGUUACAAAGGAGCAUUUAAUUUCAAGCGCAUCUGAUUUCUUUUUUCCUGGCACUGAAACUCCCUCCAGUAUAAUCAUGUGGGCCAUAUACUACGCCAUUAAACACCCAGAUGUGCAGGCCAAGCUCCAUCGUCAGUUGGAUGACGUCAUAGGCAGCAAAAAUCGCCCGCCAGAGAUUUCUGACAAACCAAACUUGCCUUAUUUGAACGCAUUCAUCACCGAGGUUCAUCGUAUUGUUAGUGAAACUCCGCUAGCUGUUCCCCACUCAACCACUCGCGACACGUCCCUCGCUGGGUUUAAGAUCCCCCGGAACAUGACUGUGCUUAUUAAUCUCUGGGCCAUCCACCAUGAUCCCGAUAUCUGGGGGGACCCAUUUAGCUUCCGGCCAGAACGCUUCUUGGACGAAAACGGCCAGUUGUACGUGGAGGGCGUCAUGACAUUUUCAGCAGGAAAACGGUCAUGUGCGGGAGAGUCUUUUGCGAGGAAAGCAGUUUUCUUGUAUCUUGCCCGAUUGUUGAAGAGAUUCAGAUUCGAGUGCCCCAGGGGAACAACAUUACCCAAAGAAGAAGAGAGCGUGUUCGGCAUCGUACUUGAAUGUAAGCCCUUCCAGAUACAUGCCAUACCCAGAGACAAGGACGAAAAGUAACAAGAGAAAAACCAGUGGAGGUCGGGGAGAAACUGUAUACAUAAUUAUCCUUUCCCUGGGAAAUGUUAAUCUUAGUUAUUAGGUAGAUUUAGCAAACGCGGCAUGAUGUAUUCGAUAAUAUGAACAUAGCCGUGUCCUAGCCUGGGCACUGGUAGACAAGUAGAUUGAAGUCAGUCGGUGAAGGCAAGCGGAAAAAUGAGCGGAAGAAAAACUAGCUUUUUCCUGAAAACCGCCAAAUGUCACUCUAGCAGGCCAUAUCGCUCAAAAUGUGGCAAGAACAACAAAUUGGCAUUGAUAUUCUUACCACAUCCCCACGUCUUAUUUGUUUUUUGCUAAACAGACGCAUGCACGGUAACACGAAAUCUAAAUGUUUUUACAUGACAGCGAAGUAAAAUGUUGUUAAACGUCAUCUAUGCGUCUAACUUCCAAUAGAUCAUGAGUAAGAAGAAAUCAAAAUAUAACGCGUGUAUACUUCAGUUUAUCGUAGAAAUCCAGUGUACCUAAAGACACCGAAUAAUUACUUGCAAACGUAUCAGCUGAGCUAUCGAUAAAGUCGAGUAGUCCCGCAGUUCGGAUCUUUUGACACAUUGAUGUAAGUCAUUUGACCAGUCUUGGUAGUUAUGCUGAAAUAAAUGAAAAAUCGAGACUAUAAGGUACUUGUUGGGCACGUGUAAAGCCAUCCUGCUACUCCUGCAGCCUUACGUUGGGAGAUUUCGCGCAGUAUUUCAUCAUUAUUAGUUAGGUUGCUGUGCUCUAAAUAAAGGGAUCUGAAAAGUCA